AUGGCUAUCGACGAGUACAAUAAGCCAGAUAGCGACAAGUUCAUCUUCCUCCUCACUACGCGUGCUGGUGGCCUUGGCAUCAAUGUGACUACCGCGGACAUUGUCGUGCUCUACGACAGCGAUUUGAAUUCCCGGGCCGAUUUGCAGGCCAUGGAUCGUGCACACCGUAUUGGCCAGACCAAGCAGGUCUACGUCUUCCGAUUCAUCACCGAGGGCAGCGUGGAGGAGCGUAUGCUUGAGCGUACCGCUCAGGCAUUGCGUCUAGAUCAGCUUGUCAUGCAGCAGGGUCGCAUGCAGCACACAAAGGCGGCGAACAAAGAGGACCGUCUUGAGAUGAUUGCGCAUGGUGCCGAAACCAUGGUAAACUCGAGAUCUCAAUGGGAGGGCGAGGACUUCCGUGCCGGAAAUAUACUGAUCGAACUGGGUUUGCAGCAGCGGAAAGCUCUGCAGUUCAACCCUUUGGCGUUGUCCAAGUGCAAGCGGAAGCUUAACUACUCGGUCGACAGUUACUUUAAGGAGACGAUGCGAGCCGGACCCUCAAAGACCGAGAAGGCACCUAAGAUGCCUCGGGCACCGACACGGAUUCAAAUGCAAGACUUCCAGUUCUUCUCAUCACGACUCGCCGAGCUCCAGAAACAGGAGCUUGCUGCGCACAAGCGGGCGAACGAUAUCCCCGCUACUUUGCGUGAACCUGGUGGUCCCGAGGACACGCCAGAGAAGCUCGAGGCCGAGCGACUGGCAGCCCAGCAGUCCAUCGACAUCGAUCAGUCAGUCGUUGCGUACUAUGUUGUUCCUUCAUUGACUUGUAAUACCUCAGUCGAGCCGCUCACAGAGGAGCAGCAGCAGGAGAAGGAAGAACUGGCUGCCGAGGGCUUUGAGGAUUGGAGACGGAUGACUGAGCUGCUCGCGUUUGGAAUCCAGGACAAGACAUCGGAUGAGGUAGCUGCGUACUAUCCAGUCUUUGAGAAGAAGUGGAAGGAGCUUGCCAAGUAUCCUCGUAUGAAGGCUCGCAUUGAAGAAGGGGAAGCAAAGCGUCACAAGUGGUCAAACCUCGAACAAUUGCUAUCGAAGAAGAUUGCGACUCACAUAUACGAAAGGAUCAAGAAGGAUAUCACAGAAUUCCCCGUCUUCCGCUUCGAUUGGUUCUUCAAGAAUCGGAGCCCACAAAAGCUGCAGCGUAGGUGCAACGCGUUGCUGGGUAUGAUUGAGAAAGACGCCGAGCAGAAGCAAGCCGAGGAGAUCAAGACAAAGGGACCGAAGGGCAAGAAGAGGGGCAUCGAAGCGGUGGACAAGUCGGAAGAGAAGAAACCCUCACGAUCGUCAACGCCCACCGGUACGGCCGCAGCGCCUGCUCCGAACAAGCGUGCCUACAAAAAGAGGAAGAUACAGACUUGUUGCACUACAUGA